AUGACUUGGAAACAUGACAAUGUAGUACCCAAAAUUCACCCAGAAGAUUCUGUGAGUAACACAGGAUCGAAAGCAUAUUCAAAGGCAACAAAGGUGUGAAACCUGUCGAAACGUAGCAUGAGCUCAUCGAUUUCAGCUUCAAAGCCAAAAAGGCCGCUCUAGCAGCGAAAUCUGCCCUACUCGCUAAAAGACAAGCUUUGGAAGAACAGAAACUGAUAAUCCAACAGACCUUUCACCUUUUGACUAAAAUUUAGAUCUCAACAAAUCUAGACAAAAAAAUUAUCACAGCUUGAAAGAGCAUCACAAAAUUAGUAAUAUUCCAAAGUUUUGUUGCAAAAUGUUGUAAAAUGCGGAUAAUAUAGCCUUGUGAAGUUUGCAAUAUUUAGUCAUUUUGUAUUACGCACUGGAAAUACAUACCUCCUUCCGAAAAAGAGUAUGUAUUUCCCGUUUGUAAUACAAAAUGACUGAAAAAUGGCACAGAAUGGAUAUAUCAAAUCCAAAUACCAAAACAAAGAAUCCCUAUUAAAAAACGGACACUACGAAAUCGUGUUACCUUGGAAGAAAUCUUUGCCUGAAAUGCCGAAUAACAAACCCUUAGCAGAACGUUGACUACACCUUCUGAAGAAACAGUUCGACAAAAAUCAAGUUUUAUGGGAGAAAUAUUCCGAAUUCAGAGACAAUCUUCUGAAACAAGGCCACGCCAGAAAGGUGCCAAACGAACGCCUGCAGAGAAGUGGAAAAUCUUGGUACUUGCCACAUCAUCCAGUCUUCCACCCGCAAAAACCCAAAAAGGUCAGAGUCAUGUUCAACUGUCCCGCGAAAUACUGAGGCACUUCCCUGAACGACCAGCUCCUACAGGGGCCGGACCUCGCAAAAUCAUUGAUAGGGGUUCUAACCAGAUUUCAAAAAGGCCCCAUUGCAUUUGUGGCCGACGUAGAAGUCAUGUUCCAUCAAGUCUGUGUUCCUGUGGAAGAUUGUGACUCCCUAAGGAGAUAUGACGGCUGUCCCGGAAGAAUAUCAAAUGUUGGUACACCUCUUCGGAAGUAUUUCCUCCCCGAGCUGUGCAAACUUUGCUUGAAAGAAGAUUGCCAAAGACCACAAAGAAGAUUUCAGUCCCCGGUUCAGUGACCGUUGUUUUAAACCAACUAACUUUGGCAAAAUAGUGAGCAGCCAGAUCCACCAUUUCUCGGAAUAGUGAAUCGAAAUGGAGAUGUCCACUGCUGUUUUCUAAUCGGAAAAUCCAGACUGGCGCCAUUGAAGGCAGUCACAAUUCCUCAAAUGGAACUUUCUGCAGCUGUGGUGGCAACAAGACUGGACAAGAUGGUGCAACAAGAGCUAGACAUACUCAGAUGAUGCGACAAAAGCUAGACAUACUCGAAGAGAGCAGAAUCAAUCCCAUGUGUCAACGUUUCGAGAAAUUCUCAACGUGGAAUGGACUGAAGAAGGCUAUCGCAUGGAUAUAUCACUACAAGAAUCGACUAUGCGAAAUGGUUCGGAGAAGAAAGAACGGUGAAACCGCAGACUCGGACAAAGGAAAUGAAGAAAACAAGAUCAUUCCCAUUACUACUGACAAACUAGACAACACACAUCAUUAUGGAAGUGCAAAGAUCAAAUUUCCAAAACACGGUGGGGAUUUUUUCCUGCAUUAA